GCUGAAGGUGACUGCCAGGUGACUCUGCCCUUGCUGGGGCUCCUACCGCUGCUAGGAGUGACCAACAGAGGCCAAAGAAAUGGCCGGGGCCUCUGUGAAGGUGGCGGUGCGUGUCCGCCCCUUCAAUUCCCGGGAGAUGAGCCGUGACUCCAAAUGUAUCAUUCAGAUGUCGGGAAGCACCACCACCAUUGUCAACCCCAAACAGCCCAAGGAGACGCCCAAGAGCUUCAGCUUUGAUUACUCCUACUGGUCACAUACCUCGCCUGAGGAUAUCAACUAUGCAUCACAGAAGCAGGUCUACCGGGACAUUGGGGAGGAGAUGCUGCAGCAUGCUUUCGAGGGCUACAACGUGUGCAUCUUUGCCUAUGGGCAGACGGGGGCUGGCAAGUCCUACACCAUGAUGGGCAAGCAGGAGAAGGACCAGCAGGGCAUCAUCCCACAGCUCUGUGAAGACCUCUUCUCUCGAAUCAAUGACACAACCAAUGACAACAUGUCCUACUCUGUGGAGGUUAGCUACAUGGAGAUUUACUGUGAGCGAGUCCGUGACCUCCUGAACCCUAAGAACAAGGGCAACCUGCGAGUGAGGGAGCACCCGUUGCUGGGGCCUUACGUGGAAGACCUCUCCAAGUUGGCUGUCACCUCCUACAAUGACAUCCAGGACCUCAUGGACUCAGGGAACAAGGCUAGGACGGUGGCAGCCACGAACAUGAAUGAGACCAGCAGCCGUUCUCAUGCUGUCUUCAACAUCAUCUUCACCCAGAAGCGCCACGAUGCAGAGACCAACAUUACCACAGAGAAAGUGAGCAAAAUCAGCCUGGUGGACCUGGCUGGCAGUGAGCGGGCUGACUCCACGGGAGCCAAAGGCACACGACUCAAGGAGGGAGCCAACAUCAACAAGUCUUUGACCACCCUGGGAAAGGUCAUCUCUGCUCUGGCUGAAAUGGACUCUGGACCCAACAAGAACAAGAAAAAAAAGAAGACUGAUUUCAUCCCUUACCGAGACUCUGUACUGACCUGGCUCCUCCGGGAAAACCUGGGUGGCAACUCAAGGACAGCCAUGGUAGCAGCCUUGAGCCCUGCAGACAUCAACUAUGACGAGACCCUCAGCACACUGAGAUAUGCAGACCGGGCCAAGCAAAUCCGCUGUAAUGCCAUCAUCAAUGAGGACCCUAACAAUAAGCUGAUCCGAGAGCUGAAGGAUGAAGUAACUCGGCUGAGGGACCUGCUGUACGCCCAGGGUCUUGGUGAUAUUACUGACACCAACACUGUGCCCGGAGGACCCAAAUUGACCAACGCCCUGGUGGGCAUGAGCCCCUCAUCCUCACUCUCAGCCCUGUCCAGCCGUGCAGCCUCCGUGUCCAGUCUCCACGAGCGCAUCUUGUUUGCCCCAGGCAGCGAGGAGGCUAUUGAAAGGCUGAAGGAAACAGAGAAGAUCAUUGCUGAGCUCAACGAGACCUGGGAAGAGAAGUUACGGCGGACAGAAGCCAUCCGGAUGGAGAGGGAAGCCUUGCUGGCUGAGAUGGGCGUGGCCAUGAGGGAGGAUGGUGGAACCUUGGGUGUGUUCUCUCCCAAAAAGACACCACAUCUUGUCAACCUGAACGAGGACCCAUUGAUGUCUGAAUGCCUCCUGUAUUACAUCAAAGACGGGGUCACCAGAGUGGGCAGAGAAGAUGCAGAGAGGCGGCAGGACAUCGUGCUGAGCGGGCACUUCAUCAAGGAGGAGCACUGCAUCUUCCGGAGUGACUCCCGAGGAGGUGGUGAAGCUGUGGUGACCCUGGAGCCCUGUGAAGGAGCAGACACGUAUGUCAACGGCAAGAAAGUUACUGAGCCCAGCAUCCUGCGGUCAGGAAACCGCAUCAUCAUGGGAAAGAGCCACGUAUUCCGAUUCAACCACCCUGAGCAGGCCCGCCAAGAGCGUGAGCGCACACCGUGUGCAGAGACACCCGCGGAGCCUGUGGACUGGGCUUUUGCCCAGCGUGAGCUGCUGGAGAAGCAAGGCAUCGACAUGAAGCAGGAGAUGGAGCAGAGGCUUCAGGAGCUGGAGGACCAGUACCGCCGAGAACGAGAAGAGGCCACCUACCUGCUGGAGCAGCAGAGACUGGACUAUGAGAGCAAGCUGGAGGCCCUACAGAAGCAGAUGGACUCCCGGUACUACCCAGAGGUGAAUGAGGAGGAAGAGGAGCCAGAGGAUGAAGUCCAGUGGACAGAACGGGAGUGUGAGCUGGCAUUGUGGGCCUUCCGAAAGUGGAAGUGGUACCAGUUCACAUCUCUGAGGGACCUGCUGUGGGGCAACGCCAUCUUCCUGAAGGAGGCCAAUGCCAUCAGUGUGGAGCUGAAGAAAAAGGUCCAGUUCCAGUUCGUCCUCCUCACAGACACCCUCUACUCCCCACUACCGCCAGACCUGCUUCCUCCAGAGGCUGCCAAAGACCGAGAGACACGGCCCUUCCCCCGCACCAUUGUGGCAGUGGAGGUCCAGGACCAGAAGAAUGGGGCCACACACUACUGGACGUUAGAGAAACUCAGGCAACGCCUGGACCUGAUGCGAGAGAUGUAUGACAGGGCUGCAGAGGUGCCCUCCAGUGUCGUUGAGGACUGUGACAAUGUGGUGACUGGCGGGGACCCCUUCUACGACCGCUUCCCCUGGUUCCGGCUGGUGGGCAGUUCAGUCAUCUCUGGCUGCAACAGCUACCCUCUUCUCAACACAUGCAUGAGCGAGCGCAUGGCUGCUCUCACCCCCUCCCCCACCUUCUCGAACCCCGACUCCGACACCACCGAGCCUGCCGAGGAGCAGAGCGUGGGAGGAGGAGAGGAGAAGGAGGAGGAGGAGGAGGAGGAGGAGGAGGAGGAGGAGGACCUGGAAGAUGACGUCUUUCCGGAGCACACGCUCUGCGACAGCCGGGACCCGUUUUACGACCGGCCCCCCCUGUUCAGUUUAGUAGGAAGGGCCUUCGUAUACCUGAGCAACCUCCUGUACCCUGUACCUCUGGUGCACCGAGUGGCCAUCGUCAGCGAGAAGGGCGAGGUGAAGGGAUUCCUCCGCGUGGCAGUGCAGGCCAUUUCAGCUGAUGAAGAAGCUCCAGAUUAUGGCUCUGGUGUCCGUCAGUCGGGAACUGCUAAAAUCUCCUUUGACGACCAGCAUUUUGAGAAGUUCCAGUCUGAGUCCUGCCCUGUGGUGGGGAUGUCCCGCUCAGGGACCUCCCAGGAAGAGCUGCGCAUCGUGGAAGGCCAGGGACAGGGUGCUGAUGCUGGACCCUCAGCUGAUGAGGUCAACAACAACACCUGCUCAGCAGUGCCUCCUGAAGGCCUCCUAGAUAGCCCUGAGAAGGGUACCCUGGAUGGGCCCCUGGACACAACCCUGGACCACCUCCGUCUGGGCAGCACCUUCACCUUCCGUGUGACGGUUCUGCAGGCAUCUAGUAUCUCUGCUGAAUAUGCCGACAUCUUCUGCCAGUUCAACUUCAUCCACCGUCACGAUGAAGCCUUCUCCACUGAGCCCCUGAAGAACACUGGCAGGGGCCCUCCGCUUGGCUUCUACCACGUCCAAAAUAUUGCGGUGGAGGUGACCAAGUCCUUCAUUGAGUACAUCAAGAGCCAGCCCAUUGUGUUUGAAGUCUUCGGUCACUACCAGCAGCACCCGUUCCCACCUCUCUGCAAGGACGUGCUCAGCCCCCUGAGGCCCUCACGUCGCCACUUCCCCCGGGUUAUGCCACUGUCCAAGCCAGUGCCUGCCACCAAGCUCAGCACGAUGACACGGCCAUCCCCAGGUCCCUGCCACUGCAAGUAUGACCUGCUGGUCUACUUCGAGAUCUGUGAGCUGGAAGCCAAUGGCGAUUACAUUCCUGCCGUGGUGGAUCAUCGUGGGGGCAUGCCGUGCAUGGGGACCUUCCUCCUCCACCAGGGCAUCCAGAGACGAAUAACUGUGACGUUGUUGCAUGAAACAGGAAGCCACAUCCGCUGGAAGGAAGUGCGGGAGCUGGUUGUGGGUCGCAUCCGAAACACUCCAGAAACUGAUGAGUCCUUGAUUGACCCCAACAUCUUAUCCCUCAACAUCCUUUCAUCAGGAUAUGUCCACCCAGCCCAGGAUGACCGAACCUUCUACCAAUUUGAGGCAGCCUGGGACAGCUCCAUGCACAAUUCCCUCCUACUGAAUCGUGUCACCCCUUACCGGGAGAAAAUCUACAUGACACUCUCUGCCUACAUUGAGAUGGAGAACUGCACCCAGCCAGCUGUCAUCACCAAGGACUUCUGCAUGGUCUUCUACUCCCGUGAUGCCAAGCUGCCUGCCUCACGCUCCAUCCGCAACCUGUUUGGUAGUGGGAGCCUGCGGGCCACAGAGGGCAACCGUGUGACAGGUGUGUAUGAGCUCAGCCUGUGCCACGUGGCCGACGCAGGCAGCCCAGGGAUGCAGCGGCGGCGCCGGCGGGUACUGGACACAUCAGUGGCCUACGUCCGGGGUGAGGAGAACCUGGCUGGCUGGAGGCCACGGAGUGACAGCCUGAUCCUGGAUCACCAGUGGGAGCUGGAGAAACUGAGCCUCCUACAGGAGGUGGAGAAGACACGACACUAUCUGCUCCUGCGGGAGAAGCUAGAGACCACCCAGCGGCCCGGCCCCGAGGCACUGUCCCCCGUCUCCAGUGAGGACUCGGAGUCCCGCAGCUCCUCAGGUGCCUCCUCCCCGCUGUCAGCCGAGGGCCAGCCGUCACCUCUGGAGACUCCCAAUGAGAGGCAGCGUGAGCUGGCUGUCAAGUGCUUACGCCUCCUUAUGCACACGUUCAACAGAGAGUAUACCCACAGCCACGUCUGCAUCAGCGCCAGUGAGAGUAAGCUCUCUGAGAUGUCUGUCACCCUGAUGCGGGACCCAUCCAUGUCCCCACUGGGCACAGCCACACUCACUCCCUCAUCUACCUGCCCCUCUCUGAUUGAAGGACGCUAUGGUGCCUCCGACGUGAGGACCCCCCAGCCCUGCUCCCGGCCUGCGAGCCCAGAGCCUGAGCUGCUGCCAGAAGCUGACUCCAAGAAGACUCCCUCCCCUGCCCGGGCAACAGAGGCAGACAAGGAGCCCCAACGCCUACUGGUCCCUGACAUCCAGGAGAUCCGAGUCAGCCCAAUUGUCUCCAAGAAGGGAUACCUGCACUUCCUGGAGCCACACACAGCUGGCUGGGCCAAGCGCUUCGUGGUGGUGAGGCGCCCCUACGCCUACAUGUACAACAGUGACAAGGACACCGUGGAGAGGUUUGUGCUCAACCUCUCUACUGCCCAGGUGGAGUACAGCGAGGACCAGCAGGCCAUGCUCAAGACACCCAACACAUUUGCUGUAUGCACAGAGCACCGCGGCAUCCUGCUACAGGCCAACAGUGACAAGGACAUGCACGACUGGCUGUAUGCCUUCAACCCGCUCCUGGCUGGGACCAUUCGGUCCAAGCUCUCCCGAAGGAAGUCUGCACAGAUGCGGGUCUGAGUUGGAACCUUCCUGCCACCCUGAGGCCCAGACCACUCCCCUGUCCUCGCCCAUCUGUCUUGUCAUCUGUUGCUCAGCCCCUCCCCGACCAGGGAACACCUGUGCUGGGCCCAGCAACCCCACCUCUGGUGGAGGCCUGUGCCACAUGACCAGUUGUGCCCUCUGAGGCCGUGUGUGUUUUUCUUCCAAAACUGCUAAGUUUGGUGUACCAGAAAGGUCAGAGGGCACAAGACCCCGGGUAUUGCCGCCAUUCUAAUAUUUUUUUAAGCAUAGACAGACUUAUAAUUAAUAUACAUUAGUUAGUGAUGUUGAAACAGUCCAUGGAGAAAUUAAGACUGUGUUCUAUUUCUAAGUAUUUAUUUCUAAUGCCUACAGAUAAAGCUGCAAGAUUCAGGUGGAGCCCCAGCCCUGGUUCCCAUGUAUGUUUCCAGCCCGCUAGGGGGUAGUGAGGGAGGUGUGUGCACAAACCAGGGCUCCUCACAGUUGGCACAGGGGUGCUCUGCCUUUGCCACUCUUGUCUGAGGCACACCUGGACAGCAUGUAUGUGUGUGAAAGGAUCUGCGGGUGCUGCGACGUCAGCAACUGAGAAGGUGUGUGCCGCUUCUGAGGGAACAGUUUCCAAAAGUACAGGACUAAGAGCAGUGCAGACAGCUUCUCCCCUCGAGUGGGGAGGAUGAGCAGAGGUAUGGUGACUGUCCUGAGUGGGGUUGGGAGGAAGAAGGUCAGUACCUGCUAGCUAGUGUGUACUGGUCCUCACUGGGCUGUGUCCAGGCUCUUCGGCUGGUGACUGGGUUUACACAGGGUUGUGGGCAGCAGAGAUAGUUGGUGUUCUGAAUGGAGUCUCACUGUAGCCUUGGGUGUCAGACAGAAGAGGUGUGAGUACCAGGUGGCUCUGGAAGGUCUGUGAUUUUUGGAUUCCUUACAGUCUUCUCUGCUCAGGGGAGUAGAGUUUGAGUCCCAGUGAGAGAAGGCAGUGAGUGAUGUGGGUCCUAGUUAGGCAGAUGAGGGUGACCAUAUGGUUGUCUUCAUAAAGAGGCUCUCUCCUGCAUCUGAGGAAAUUGCUACACCCCAGGACCAUUUGGAAAUCCAGCAAUCAAACCUCAAGUCCCCUCUUGGGAGCAGGUAUACUCCACAUUUAGCCAUGCCAAAUCUCUCCCUCCUCCAUGGCCAGCUCCUGCCCCUGUCUGGAUGAACUGGUGAGUUUUAGCUCCCUGUCAGUUCAGGCUGUUUAUACAUGGCACUGACAUGACACAUGGACACUCCUGAGGCUGAGGUGUCAAACCAUCCUUCCUAGCUAGAGGCCAUAGGAAAAGUUCUGGCUUCAGGGUCUCUUGAGAUAACUGUCCAAUCCCCUUGCCCUUUAUCAGGCAGCAGGAUUCAGGGUGACAUCUGAGCUCACGCUGGUAGCAGUGUGUGCACCUGCCAGCCAGUGUGAACCCAGCUAAGGCUGAGAAAUUGCCCUUCCAUUCCUGGGCUCAGGUGCCGGAUGCGUGGUCUCCAUCAUGCCCAUCACCCUCACCCCCAGACCUGGGACACUCAUCUUUAGUGUCAGGUCUCAGGAAACUAUCUAGGAAGUGUUAGGGUAAAGCUUUCUACUAAGAUCUCAGAUCAAAGCAUCUAGACCAAGGUUAAAUCCUACCAGAAACCAAGUGACCUGUGCUGUCCAGCACCUCGGAGGCUUGACACAGAGAGGAGAGAGAAAAGUGUCCUUAACAAACGUACUGUGGCACUCGGGACCAACUAGAGGCAGGGAAGAAAAGUGGACAGAGUGAGUUGCUUGAAUUAUUUGGUUCCCAAAGGCUGCGCAGCCCCCAGCAGGCAGAGAGGCAGUCGGGCCUGUCAUGCUUGCUCAGGUCAGCCAACCUGAAGCUGUGGCCUUGGAAGAGUCCGGCUCCACCCAGCACGUGGGUGUCUGAGGCCAGCCAACCUGCAGAGCACCUGUGCCUGGGUCGGGCUGUGGAAAAGGGAAGGAACUCCGAGUCCCUCCACCAUCCAGAGGCCAUUCUAUUUUGGUCCUGUGCUAUCCUGAAUUGUUUGGGAACCCAGAUGGACCCCCCUGCUUCUGUGAAAGGUCCCAAGUCAGAGCAUAGUAACCAGAAUUGAUGGUGCAAGAAAUCUGUCUACAACUCAGGAAACCUGGUUUCUUCAUGCCCGCGCUGCCUCCCUAUCCAACAGCUGAAGAUCAUUCUUCCAACAUUCCUAAUGACAUGGAAACCUGGUUUGGUGGGGGCCUCGUGUCCCCUGGUGCAGAAGGAAGUCUUCCUAGCUGAGGUCUCUGUUUCCUGCUGAGGACAGAAAGUGACAUGAAUCAGAAAGCCACCUCCACAAGCAGUUUGGUUUUGAUGCUUGAUACUGCUCAGGCUAUGGCUUCAAUUUGAUUUGGGGUGAUCAUCCUUCCUGGAAGGGUGAGUUAUUUCUGCAGUCCAGGAGGGGGCUGGGCUCCUGUGAGACCCUAGUCAUGCCUGGGUAAUACAUCUGGGGCCUCCUGCUCUAAGCAAUCAUGCCAACAUCUUAUUCAGCUUUCUCUCUCUCUCUCUCUCUCCCUCCCUCCCUCUCCCUCUCUCCCUCUCUUUUCACACACACACACCCACACACGUGCGCGCACGCCCAGGACAGCCAUAUUAAAUGGCCCUCCUCAUCCAUCCUGGUCCCUGGAGCCACUCCCCUGGGUACCUCAGGGUUACUGAACUAUGGCUGAUGUUAUAGAUGUGACCAAGGCUGAGGUAUUGGUUUUCUGCCAGCUUCACCCAGUGUGGGGACCCCAGGAGGCAAAUUCCUUUACCCCUGGGGCUGAAGCCAUGCAGUCCCCAGCAUGGACAGACCCUGGCUGACCUGAGUGUGUCCUUGGGCCUGGGCCCUCUGUAAUUUGUCUGUCCCGAUUACUCCUUGCAGCUCAGAGGCUGCAUCCCUGACUUGUACAUACGUAUUGCUGUGGGCACCCCCUGGACUCUGUGUUGUAACCAUCCAAUGUAAUGACUAGUUUCCUGCUGUUUACACCUGAGUGUUAGCUGUAGGCUCCUGUACUGUUUGUGUGCACUUAGGGCUCUGUCCAAUUAAGAAAAUAAAAGUGGCUCUUAUGCAAUACACAUUA